CGCCUCAAGCCUGGAAGACGAGGAGAGGAAGACCACUGUUUCGUCUCUCUUUCGAAGGCGAGAGCUGUCUCGACGAGACGGAGGCGAGGACGACGAGACGCGGGACGGGGAUUGCCGAGAGCGAUGCGAACGCGAUCGUGGCCGCGAUCGGCGAUUAGAGCGAGUGGCCUGCGCAGGGCGCCGCCGUGCAAUGCGCGUUCGAGGGCGGAGGCAGACGGAGAAGGUCGUUGAUGGCCUUGCACCACCACCGGUUGCAGAUGAGCUGGCAACCGAGCCUGCUGAGUCUCAGGCGGAAAACCGGACCUCCUCUCGGCCUCAGGAACCUCGGCAACUCCUGCUACCUCAACAGCGUCCUUCAGUGCCUCACUUACACCCCACCUCUCGCCAAUUUUUGCCUCAGGAACCUCCACUCCUCUCUAUGCGAUUCGAGUGCGGAUGUGGGGAAGAAGCGAGAUUGUCCCUUCUGUAUACUAGAGAAGCGGAUAGCGCGAUCUCUGAGAGCAGAUCACCCACAAGAUGCACCGGCGAAGAUCCAGAGUUGCUUGCGCCUGUAUGCCGAGCACUUUCGGUGUGGUCUCCAGGAGGACGCGCACGAGUUCCUCCGUUACGUGAUCGAUGCUUGCCACAACACCUGUCUCCGACUCAAGAAGCUGCUGCUGCAGCAGCAACACAAUGGCACCGAGGCACCCAACUGUGGUGAUACCAUUGUUAAGGAGAUUUUUGGCGGCGCGCUGCAGAGUCAGGUUAAGUGUUUGUCUUGUGGAGCAGAAUCCAACAAGGUCGAUGAUAUUAUGGAUAUUAGUCUAGAUGUCUUGCAAAGUAGUUCAAUACACGAAGCUUUGCACAAAUUUUUCCAGCCGGAAGUUUUGGAUGGGAACAAUAAGUACAAGUGUGAGAAUUGCAAGAAAUUGGUUGUGGCUAGGAAGCAAAUGUCGGUCUUUCAAGCACCUAAUGUUCUUGUAAUCCAGUUUAAGAGGUUCGAAGGUCUAUAUGGUGGGAAGAUUGAUAAGGCUAUUACGUUCGAAGAAGUUUUGGUGCUGUCAAGCUUCAUGUGCAAAGAAAGCCAGGAUACGUCACCGGAGUAUAAUCUUUUCGGUACUAUUGUACAUGCAGGCUGCUCACCAGACUCAGGACACUAUUAUGCUUAUAUAAAGGACGCAUCGGGCCGGUGGUAUUGCUGUAACGAUGCAUAUGUUUCUCUGGCCACUUUGGAUGAGGUCUUAUCAGAAAAGGUCUAUAUCCUGUUUUUCUCUCGCACCAAACAAAGGUCAACAUCUGCCAAUGCAGCUUCUGCUGCCAAUGGAGUAAAAUCUCGUGAUCUCAAUGGCACUAAAGCAUCUAAGAAGCAGGCUUCUGCUCUUCCCCCAAAACCUACACAAUUAAAACCACUCGCUGAAAAUUCUUCAUGGAAGGGUGUGUCCGCCUCAUCCAAUGGUGAUAAAGUAUCGUCUGGCGCGCGGAUGAAGUUCAGCAUUGCUGGAAAUAUUGGUUCCAAAAGAGGUCCUGCAGUUAGCAAUGGAAAGGUGCAUGCACUUAACAAUCAAUUUGGGGAAAAUAAUGGGGACAUAAAAGGGCCAGUUCCUGUUAACAAGUGCGACAAAGAUCUUUCAACUUCAAUAAACAGGAACGGUACUGACAAAGAGAAUAUGAACUCCUCCAAUGGGACCCAAGUAAUCGCGCAUUCUAAUCAUAACAAUCUGAAGGUUGGUGAUCUUAAUGGCGACAAGAGCCAAGUUCGUUCUUCCCCCAAUGGAAAUGGUACUGUUGGUACUGCUGGCCCCUGUUCAGUUAAAUCACAUCUCCAUGAGAGGGAUGGUAGAACACACAUCUUAGGAAAAGGGAGAGGCUUUGACCAGCAUGAAUUGCAAAAUGGUUGUUCUAAUCACCCCUCUGAUGUAUCAAGGUCCAAGAGAAAGCUGCAGGACGAUUCCUGCAUAUUGCUGGCACAGGAUGCUCAAUCUCGGGCCAAAGUUGAAGAGCUGAAAGAAAUACUCAAGAAUGAAGCUUCCUCUGUAUUGCAAUCAUGUGGCUGGGCGGAUGAUGUUUAUACUUUCAUGUGCACGAAUAAAAGAAUGUGCAUGAGCAAAGCAGACGAUAGUUCGCUAAAUUUUGACCAAUUGAGGAAGCAGUUAAUCGCGGAUGCCAAACCAACCUUUAUCUCACAAAUUCCAGAAUCGUUGAAAGAGAAAUUAAUUGGACAUCUCCAAUCAUUUAGCCAGGAAAAAGGAUCAUAGUUAUGCUUUGAUCCAUGCGGUAUAUGACAUUAGAAGGCGGUUUUACGUCACACAGGAUUAUGCACAAACUGGGAGCUGUUAUGACCUGAGAAGAUUGGUGUAGUUUGUACUGUUAUGUUCAUGGAAAGCGAUGGCCUCACAGUUUUCUGCCAGUGGGCCUCCCUCUAUAAACCGGAUGGUAAUGUGUUCCCAUUCAUGUGGUUACGGGUUGUUACUAUACUAGACCAUUUUUUCAUAGCUAGUGCAGGCAAACAGAUAAAGUCACAUUCAGUUGAUACCUGCCUAUGGCGACAUCUGUUGUUUUGGUUGGUGAAGGAACAGUUAAUCUGCAAAAUAGAAGCUGAGUCAGAUUGGACAAAUUUUUGCUUUCUGGAUAUUUGCGAUGGUAGUGAGAGAGGUUGGAAUUCUAUUCAUCCUGUACAAUAGGCUUUUUGACCGUAAACAGUCCUCAUUUUGUGGAUGCUUAACAAUUUUUCCAUUAAAAUGUGGCCGGCCCCCUACCUUGAGGAUAAUGUUCUGCUGACCUUCCCAUUCUGAGUAAAUUGUUGGUAGACUCUCCCCUCUUGUGGAAGUAGUUUCUUUUGUUACAGUA